UAAAAGUAUCACGUCAUUUGCAGUUUCCAUUGAGCCACUUUACUUGAAACAUCUUGCCUCUCCGUGGUCCAUAAGUUUGAUAAUUAAGAAUUUAAAAGUGCAUAGAUUUGAAGAAUAAAUCUUUCUCUGAUUUCCAAAAAAGAAUAAAACGUUCAAACAUUUGGGUACGCUCAUCCCCAAAAUUUUAGACGCCAAAUCGAAUCGACGCAAUCAUUGGUUUUUUGACAGUCUUUCCGGACCGCAGCAUAUGCUGCAAGCCACUUUCAUCAUUUUUUAAUCAAAAAUAUCUAAGCUCAGGAAUUAAUUGAGGUACUACAAAAGAUAUCUUACAUUUGGACAUUUUUAUGAACAUUCAUAUGCUGCUUUGGGUACUCAGAGUCCCAAAAGAGGCGAAAGAGUUAACCCCAUAAUUAAGAUUCCAUAAGUAAUAUAUUUUCCGUUCAGAUGUCAAUGGAAAAAAUCAGUAUACUUUUUCCGGACAACAGUGAUGGUGAGGAAUGCUUUGGAGAAUUUGACGACAAUGAGUUUAUCAAAAACGAAGAAAUAUUUCAAGAAAAUUUGAACUCGGAUCUCGGCAAAAGCAUUCCUAGUAUCGCGAAGACAAAUAUCUGUCUACUUUUUCCGGACCACAGCGAUGAUGAGGAGGAUUUUGAAGGUUUUGAUGAAAAUGAAUUGAUGACAGUAGACGUAAAUGUAAAGGAAGAGAAAGAGGAAUCCCAGGAAAAUUUGAGCCAAGAUCUAGGCGAGUACACUUCCACUGUUGAUGAUAUUAUUGCUUCUGGGCAAGAGGGACAAAAAGAAGGUGAUAUAAAAAUAACUUGGUCCAAAGACUAUGCAAACUCUUCACAUGGUGAAUCAUUAAAUAAUUAUCCAUUUGGUGCGAUUAAGAUAGAGUUGGACAAUGAAGAUUUUUCACCAUAUAAUGUUUUUCUGGAGACUUUAUGUUUCACAGAACUUGCAAAUCUUAUCUGUAGUGAGAGUGAGCUUUAUAUGUACCAGAAGGGUCAUCGUUUUGAAUUGAAGGAAGAUGAGCUGAAGGCUUUUUUGGGUAUAAAUAUGAUCAUGAGUUACCAUGUUUUGCCCAGUUUUAAGGAUUAUUGGUCAAAGGAUCCAGACAUUCAUGUUCCGUACAUUGCUUCAGUUAUGACGAGAAAACGAUUCCUGGAAAUUCGAAAUGCUCUUCACUUUAACGAUAAUCUCAUGGCGGAUAAAAGUGAUAGGGCAUAUAAAGUACGUCCUUUGAUAAAUCACUUUAAUAUGUGUUUCCAGAAGACUAAAGAGCCAACCAAGCAACAAACUAUUGGUGAGCAUAUGAUCAAAUUUAAGGGAAAAAAUGCAAUGAAGCAAUAUGUUCACAAAGGUCCCAUAAAAUGGGGUUUUAAAAUGUGGUGCCGUUGCGACUCAACGUCAGGAUAUCUCUUCGAAUUUGACCUAUGCCAAGGUAAAAAGUCUCAGUCACAGUAUGAAUUGGGCGAAGGAGUAGUCCUGAAACUCUGCAAAGAAAUUGAAAAUAUUGGUUGUGAAGUGUUCUUCGAUAAGUUUUUCAAUACAGUCCGACUGCAAUGUAUUUUGCUGAGAAAAAGAAUCUUUGCAUGUGGCACCGUCCAAAAACAUCGCAGACAUUUGCCAGACCUGAUUCCAGACAGAAAGAUGAAGACAGGAGAUGUUGAUUGGCGGUCUUCAGGACGCAUUGUAUGUGUAAAGUGGAUGGACACAUGCUCGGUCACGCUUCUCUCAAAUUACAUAUCACCAAUGGAAAUGGUAAAAGUGCAGAGGCAGCAGUCUGAUACAUCAGAGAAGUUACAGCUCAAUUGUCCGAAAAUUAUCCAAAACUAUAAUCAACACAUGAAUGGGGUGCAUAUUAUGAACCUGAAAAAAUCAUAUUAUGACCAUGAUAGAAAGAGUACGACAAAAUCUUAUCUGAAAUUAUUCUUCGACUUAAUGGACAUUGGUAUGAACAAUGCGUGCAUCGUUUACAAUGAAAUGUCACAGGAGAGGGGCAUUGGAAGUCUCACACUGCUUGAGUUCAGGCAGGAAGUAGCCAGGUGUCUCAUUGGUGACUAUAUGGGUCGGACACGAGCACCUCCCGCUAUUAAACCAUCCAAUGAACUAUGCCAACCUCUCGAGCACUGUCCAAUUUGGGCAGAAACUAGAAGCAGGUGCUAUCUAUGUUACAGAAAAAAUAAAGUGGACAGCAGGAUCUUUUGUAAAUGUGAAGGAUGCAAUGUGUAUCUAUGCUUCAAUUCAGCACGCAACUGCUUCAGAGAGUAUCAUAAUGAACCAUGGGAACCAUGGCAAUUCUAGUGCUGCGUUUAGGUAUUUAGAGAAAUCUUAUACAACUGACGCACUAUGUUGGAGCAAGCUUAAAAUUAAUAAAAAUUAUUAAAAUAGUUUGGAACCAA